AUGACAGAAUCAAUACCACAAUUUAAAAUACAUCAACCUUCAAGACAAUCAUCAUAUAAUCAAGAACCUUCAACAAAUUUAAAUAAAUAUCAAUCAUCACCAAAUUUUGAUAAUUCAAAUGAAAUUAAUUCUUAUACACCAAAUAUACCAGAAAUUCAAAUAAAUGAAACAAAUAGAAGAAAUUCAGAUGAAUUAAAUCAUAAUAGGAAUAAUAAUAAUAAUGAAGAAGCUGAUAAAUUAUUAAAUAAAUUAUUAAAUAAUCAAUCUGAUGAUUAUAGAUUUAUAAAUUUUAAAUCAAAUAAUUUAGAAGAUUCAAAUAAAUUACAUUAUAAAAAACAAGUAUCAUUUGAUGAUAUGAAUAUAUCAUAUGAUGAUGAUGAAGAACCUGAUUCUGAUGAUGAUGUUGGUUGGGAAAUUUAUAGAAUGAAACAUGGUAAAUCAAAACCAUUACCAAGUUAUUCAAGAGGUAGAGAAUUAUCACCUGGACCUUCAAGAAUAUCACCAAUUAAUUCACCAAGAAGAGGUUCACUGAAUUAUGAAGAAUCUGAAAGAUUAGAUUAUGCAGAAUUAAAAAGAUUUGAAAGACAAUUAGUUCAUUAUCCAACUACUCCUAUAAGUGUAUUAAGAGCUUGUUCAAUUACCAGAAGACAUAAAUUAUAUGAAAAAUUAUAUAAUGGUAAAUUAUUUCCCUUGGUGCCAGUAUUACCUCAUAGAGUUAUAUUGGUAUAUAUAAGUGCAAGAAUUCAUACAUGGGUUGCAUUAGAUUGGAUAUUGGGUAAAUUCAUUGAAAAUGGUGAUAAAAUAAUUAUAUGUGCAACUGUUGAUCCAGCAAUAUUUGAAGAUCGUAAAAAAAAUAGAAGAAGAAAAAGUAGUGGUUCAAGAUCAAGAUCACCUUCAUAUUUUACUGAUCCAUUAGAAAGAUAUGCCAAAAGAGCAACUCCAGAAAAUAUUGUAACAAUAGCAAAAGAUUUAAUUCAUUAUGUAAUGCAAGUUAUAAAUCCAGAUGUUAUAGCAAGAGUUACAAUAGAAUUAGUAGCAGGUGAUACUAAAGAAGUUUUAAAAGAUAUGUAUAAAUUAUAUGAACCAAAUUUAGUAUGUACUGGUACAAAACCAAAUAAAAAUGUUGGAGCUCCUUUAAGAUCAUGGAAUUCCUCAAAAUUAACUGAUAGAUUAGUUAAAAAUUUUCCUUUACCAGUUAUUGUUGUACCAGCAGUAAAUAUGUGUGAUUUUGAAAUUGAUUUACAAAGUAAAAUUAAUAAUGAAACAAUUGAAAAAACAAAAACUUCUUUAGUUCAUGAUGAUGAUGAAUAUAAUGAAAAUGAUGAUACUGAUAGUAUAGCAUCAAGUGAAUCACUGACAAGUAGCACUUCUGCAACAUCUUACAAUUCAUAUGAUGAAAUUGCAAAUUUAUAUCAUAAAUCUAAAGACGAUAUAAAUAAAGAAUUAAUAAGAUUAAAUGGUCAACCUUUAAAUGAAAAUUAUUUUUCAGAUAUAGCAAAAGCAAUAUCUGAUAAUUCCCUUAAUCUUUGUACAGAUAUUAUAAAAGUAGAUCCAGAAUUUAUAGGUGAUGGAUCAAAAUUAGCUCGUGCGAUAACUGGUUCAAAUUCAUUUGGAGCAAGUCCAUAUAAAACAAAAUCAUUAUUACAACCAGACAAACAAGAAGAACCUAAAAAGGAAACUCCUAAAGAGCAUAAAAUGUCAUUUAAAGAAGUUAGUGAACAAUUAAAAUUGAAUAAAUUAAAAUCAAAUAACAAUUCAUUAGAAAAUUCUCAAUCUCCUCAACGUUCAAAUGAUAGUCCUGAUCAUUCAUCUCCUCCACCACAAACUUUAAAAUGGGGUGGACUAGAAAAACCUAAUAAAAACAAUAGUCAAGAUUCACAACAUUUAAACCCCAAUCAUAAUAAUAAAAAUCAUUUAUAUAAAUGUUUAAGUGAAGAUAUAGAUACAAAACAUAGAAAUGAUAGUAAAUCAAGUUUUGAUAAAUUAAAAUUAGAACCAAGAAAAUCUCAACCUGGUAUGUCUGGUUAUCCAAGAGGUGAUGAUGAUAAUAGUAGUGAUAAGAAGAAAAAAAAGAAGAAAUUUUGGAAAUUAUGGUAA